UUUCUUUUUUGUUUUGACAUUUCCUGUCCACAUUAUUCAAUAGCACAAUAUUUUUUUAGUAUUGGCGAUACUUCUGAAAAUAUCCGGUUAAAGUGGAGCAAUUCUGUCGAGUGGCGAGGCCACAUCUCACAUUCACCUUAUGAGUCCGAGCAAGGAGCAGCCGGAUCGUUAGAAGUGAUGACAUUUGUGAUGCGGCUUAUCCGCCAACCGGCACAUCUCACCCAAAAUAGCGCAAUAAAAUUUCUGCAACAGCAGUAUGCAGCUCCUGCAGUCACUCCUAUCCGUCUACGAAGUGGUACUACCGAGAAACAUUCGAAUGACCAGAAAAGCCAGCUACCCCCUGUUGUCCCGCCGCAUAUUUGUCCUCCGGAACCACAAUAUCCGCCAAGUAAAAUUGGUGAAUUAAAAGAUGCGCCAAGUUGGUCCAAGUGGCCGCCACCAACACAGGAUGUCAAAAAGACCACUUCACAGAGGUUGUCACGCGAAAAUGUCGAAAACUAUAUGUUUAAGCAUUUCUUCGACUACAUCAAAAACUAUGAAAAAUUAUUUGAGAAAAACUUUCCUUCUGCCAUGAAGGUGUAUCGCACUUAUGUGGACGGGGUCAUGGAUUUCUACAAUGACAUGAAAGCUUAUCUAAAGAUAUCACGCAUUGCUAAUAGUUCCCCCAUGGGUCUAAAAGCAUUGAAUCGUAAAGAAUUGGAACUAUACAUGCAAAUGCCUCGAGAUAUGAUGAAGGUUGCUCCCGCUUUAUUUGGAGCCGCGCUUCCGCUUGUCGGAUACGUGGUGAUGCCUUUGAUCUUUGCGUUUCCACAGCAAUGCCUUUGUUCGCAUUUCUGGACGUUACAACAAAGAGCAGAGUUUCAACAAGUCGCGUUGCAAAAACGUCUUAAAAAUAAUAAGCUAGUUUUGAGAAUAUUGCAGUCGAAAUUAAAAGAUGUCAAAAAACACCAACAUCACGAUCAAUUGCAACAUAUAUUGGGCAUGUUAGGUAGUGGUUUUCACCCCAGUGUCGAAGCAUUGCUUGAGGUUAAGGACAUUUUCGCUCAACCGCCAUACGAUUUACUAUCUCUAACUAGGAAACAGAUUGGUCUGCUGUGUCAACUACAUGGAGUUCCUACUCUCUUGUUCAAGCGUUUCCACUUAUCGGAGCAUGCAUUUUUGGUACAUCACAUGGAUUUGGCUAUAGUACGCGAAGGCCACGUUCAUAACAUGCACCCCGAUGGUAUCCGUCGAUCCUGCUAUAUUAGAGGUCUUAAUCCCGUUAACCUUAGCACCGAUGAAAUGAUAUCAUGGCUACGUAAUUGGAUAAAAAUUUCUACAUCGAUUGAAGAACAUCACAUCAGCAUGUUCCUGUACCUGCCAAUUCUAUUAGGAUACAAUCACCCAAAUAAUUGGCACCUUAUUUAUGACAGUAGUUAAACAAUUAGGUCUAGGAAACCAGCAGUGAUGUUAUAAACCUAAAAAAAAAAA